GUGACGCACUUCGUCUGCUACGUGUACGCGAGUGGCCGAAAUCUCUUUGGAAAGUACCGUAAAUUCUCCGAUGAACUGGCAUUCCACAUUAGCAACAAACAUUUAGUGGAUGGUACAUGCGAGUUUAAUUAGUUUUUCUAAAUAAAAUAGUUCACAGAACCCUUCAAGAUGGGGAUUAAAUUCUUGGAAGUUAUCAAGCCUUUUUGCAGUAUAUUACCAGAAAUAGCGAAACCAGAAAGGAAGAUCCAAUUCAGGGAAAAAGUAUUAUGGACAGCUAUAACUCUAUUUAUUUUCUUAGUAUGCUGCCAGAUUCCCCUAUUUGGAAUCAUGAGUUCAGAUUCAGCCGAUCCAUUCUACUGGAUCCGUGUUAUCCUUGCUUCCAACAGAGGAACACUCAUGGAGUUAGGUAUAUCCCCAAUUGUAACAUCUGGAUUGAUUAUGCAACUACUUGCUGGAGCUAAAAUCAUCGAGGUCGGUGACACUCCAAAAGACAGAGCACUUUUCAAUGGAGCCCAGAAAUUAUUUGGUAUGGUUAUAACUGUGGGUCAGGCUAUAGUUUACGUCAUGACAGGAAUGUAUGGUGAUCCUGCUGAAAUUGGAGCCGGAGUGUGUCUCUUAAUCAUAAUCCAAUUGUUCGUUGCUGGUCUGAUCGUACUUUUGCUGGAUGAAUUGCUACAGAAAGGUUAUGGGCUCGGUUCCGGAAUUUCUCUUUUCAUCGCUACGAAUAUUUGUGAAACCAUCAUCUGGAAGGCAUUCUCCCCUGCCACAGUCAACACCGGAAGAGGUACAGAAUUCGAAGGAGCUGUGAUUGCCUUGUUCCAUCUCCUCAGCACUCGUCAAGACAAAAUCAGGGGUCUUCGCGAAGCUUUCUACCGCCAAAACCUGCCCAACUUGAUGAACUUGCUGGCUACUGUUCUCGUUUUUGCUAUAGUCAUAUACUUCCAGGGCUUCCGUGUAGAUUUACCAAUCAAAAGCGCCAAGUACAGAGGCCAGUAUUCAAGCUAUCCAAUCAAACUCUUCUACACAUCAAAUAUCCCGAUCAUUCUUCAAUCUGCGCUCGUGUCAAAUUUGUAUGUCAUCUCGCAAAUGUUGGCAGUCAAAUUUCAAGGAAACUUCUUGAUUAAUUUACUAGGUGUCUGGGCUGAUGUUGGAGGUGGCGGCCCAGCUAGAUCCUACCCUAUUGGUGGUUUGUGCUACUACCUCUCACCACCCGAAAGUGUAGGCCACAUAUUGGAAGACCCGGUGCACGCUCUCUUGUACAUUAUUUUCAUGUUGGGCUCAUGCGCCUUCUUCUCCAAAACAUGGAUCGAAGUUUCUGGAAGUUCCGCCAAAGAUGUUGCUAAACAGUUGAAGGAACAACAGAUGGUUAUGAGAGGUCACAGGGACAACUCCAUGAUUCACGAGCUGAACAGAUACAUUCCUACUGCGGCUGCUUUUGGUGGUCUUUGCAUAGGAGCCCUGUCAGUGUUAGCAGAUUUCCUAGGAGCGAUCGGCUCUGGUACCGGUAUCUUGUUGGCCGUUACAAUCAUCUACCAAUAUUUCGAAAUAUUCGUCAAAGAACAAAGUGAGACUGGCGGCAUGGGUACAUUGCUGUUCUAAACUUAGGUUUUAACAAAUUAUCUUCGAUGCAAUUUGAAAUUGCGGCUGCAAUUCUGUGUGAUAUCAACUGUAGUGGUAUACAGGGUGUUGGAAAAUUAUUUAUUUACCGAUUGCCUGCUCAGACUUGUACUUGGUUCCAGUACCGUUUAUAGAUGUAGUUUUUGAGUUAGACUUUUGAUAGGACGUAUCAAAUAUUUAGUUUUUUCGGAACGAAAUCGUUGUUCCAACUCCCUGUAUACGUCAAGUUUUUAGUACAAUGGUUGAUAUAAAUUUCUAAUUAGGAAAUAUGGAAUGCGUCACGAUGUGACUCAGAUUUUGUAAUAAACACUGAAAAAAUAUAAUUGUUUCUCAUUGUAUAUUUUUUGUCAUAUUGAUCAUCUCAUUCUGUGAGGUUGUGUAUUGUUGCGAGUUUAUUUAUGAUAUUUUUUUUAAAUACAACAUCCGUAUUCAUAAUA